AUCAGGUCAUGGACGCAGAGAGAGGUGAGCUGUUUGUGGGCGGUGUGGCAGCAGACAGCUGGCAGCUCGAAGCUCCUUUCUCAUGCUCCGACCUCAUCUACAGCGGCUCAGAGAAACCCCUGCAGGACUGGGCGGUGGACCCCGACUGUAAGCUGAAUGACAGCGAAUCAGAGGACGUCCUUCACGGCGUCGACCCGAACGAGGUGUUUCCCAGCGGGCCUCCUGCAGAGUCCUCGUCUGAGAGCGACAGCGGCAUCUCUGAGGACCCCGUGGUCGAGAGUCCCGUCACUACGGCAACCAUCCAGCCAGCCCCGGCGACCAUCUACCAGGUGGUUUAUGACAUCAGCAGCUUGGGUGGAGUCAAGACUGAACCUGGACCAGAAAACAUCAUCUCCAUAGAGCUCGAAGAGUGGAGCUCUCAGGUGUUGUUUUCGGACUCAUGCAUCGUGAACGAGCUGCCCGUGGUCUCUGCAGCACGCCUUGAUGGCAGUUUGACUGCCGCCAGCCCUCCCAGCCCCGACGGUGAACUGCUGUACCCAGAGCUCCAGCUGACCGAGGAGGAACAGAAGCUGCUGUCACAGGAAGGAGUUUCUCUGCCCAACAACCUUCCCCUCACCAAGGCCGAGGAGAGAAUCCUGAAGAGAGUUCGGAGAAAAAUCCGCAACAAGCAGUCGGCUCAGGACAGCCGGCGGAGGAGGAAGGAGUACAUCGAUGGGCUGGAGAGCAGGGCAGCAGCUUGCUCAGCACAGAACAAGGAGCUGCAGAGGACGGUGGAGCAGCUGGAGAAACGAAACAUGUCUCUGCUGGCGCAGCUGCAACAACUUCAGUCUCUGAUCAAACAGACGGUCAGUAAAGGAGCCCAGACCAGCACCUGCUUACUGAUCAUCCUGGUCUCUCUGGGUCUCAUCAUCAUGCCAAGUUUCAGUCCGUUCAGCCGCAGCUCGUCUGCUGACGACGACUACAGACCCACAGGAGUUAUUUCCAGGAACAUCCUCACAGACCCCGCCUCCUCCCAGCCGACAGCAGAGGAUGCAGACGCUCCAGCUGCCGAGUCCGACUCCGCGUCACUGCCCUCUGAACUCAGCCAAUCAGGACCUCCCGAUGGCGCCCCCAUCCUCCAAGAACCAAUAGAAAACCCUGAAAAUCCAGGCAUCGAUGGGACGGCUCAGCAGGCGAGCCAAUCGGGGAACAGCUCAGCUCUUGUUGCCGGGCAGACUGAGCCACUGGCGCUCGGUCUGAGGUCGACGGCGGGGAAAGGACGCCAUGAUCCCGCCAAACCUGCACACGCUGAUGAGAUGUAGACAGACUUAAAGGAUUGGUUUGAUAUUUUGGGAAAUAUGCUUACUUGCUUUUUCGUUGAGAGUUAGAUAAGAAAUUCAAAACCCUCUGUGCGAUAAAUAUGAAGCUAGUGGUUAGCUUAGCUUAGCUUAGCUUAGCACAAAGACUGUAAACGGGGAAACAGCUAGCCUGGCUCUGUCCAAAGAUAACAAAACCCACCUACAAACACUGCUAACAGCGGUUCAGACUACACGACAGUCACUACGUCACAUUAGGCGAUUGUGGAGUCAUAAAAUCUUGCCGUGACUUUGCUGACAGACAUGACACACUACACAUUGGUGCACGACCAAUUAUCCCUGGUCGUCUUUGAGGAUGUGCAUGAUGACAUUGGAUUAUUCUUGUCCUAUUUUUAGUAUUAUUUCACUCACUAUGGCUGUUCAUGUCCCAGACAAAAUGUUACUGUAGUGAAAGAGCCACCAGGUGGGAGGAGCUACAUUUGAAGUGCUGCAUGCAAAGAAAAUCAAAUCUGACAGACUUUCUGCUGGGACGUUGUGAUGCAUCCCAGAGACGGCGUCCAUUGCUGCUGCUAUGACACACCACAAAUUAUCGCGUAUAACAUUCAUUAGCAUUCACGAUCCGAGCCAACACCGUACAACGCUGCGAAUUUGGCUAAUACCGUGUAGUAUGAGCUCGUUGUAAAGCUCAGUGGUUCAUAUGUUAAAAACCUAAAGUAUGACAUUGCCAAGUUGUGGUUUUACAGCGGGUUUUGAGCCGGCUAACAGUUUCCCCCUGUUUCCAUUCUUUGUGCUAAGCUACGCUAACUGUCUGCUGGCUGUAGCUUCAUAUUUACUUCGCUUACCAUACAGUCACGUGAGUAGCAAACAUCCUCUCAUGUAACUCUUGGAAGGAGAGGAAAGAGGCGUAUUUCCUAAAAUGUUAAACUGAACCUUUAAACAUUUUCAAGCUGAACAUCAGCCUGGCUUUUAUUCUUGCGGCCGCUCUGACUAUGUGUCCUGCUAACUUUGCACUCAGCACCUUCAUCCUAGAGAUUCGAGAGAGACAGACUCAAGUAACAAAAGUGAAAAGUGGAGAAGCAGCACAAACUUUUUUUGCCAGCUAACCAAACCAUCUCACAGCUUUUGUCUUAACAGUCACGUUACAUUACGGACGACAGUCACAGAGUUUCUGCCUUUAAGUGGAAUCCAGACUGGAGUCUACCUCUGCAUGGACUCCAGAUGCGCUGUUCAGAGCAGGAGGCGUCUUUGAGUCACCGGCAAGGAGGUUAAAAAGAGGAGAUGGCAUCUUAUCAUCGGGGUACGACACACGCGGGAUCUGUGGAUUCACACGUGAGAACAGUUUGUUUUUGGACGGUUGUGAUGGAACUCCAGGAUCCUGUUCAGCUCACAGCUCACCUGAGAUGGAUCCAGUGUUAAGUCAUCCAAGUAAUGAAAUGCCAGUGGUACUUUGAAACGUAAAGAUCCAGUGUGUCCAAUAUUUUCUUCAGUGUAUAAUCAAAAGUAAGAAUUGUUGUGUUUUUAUUACCUUAGAAUGAGACGUUUACAGAGCAGGUCCUCGUCCACAGUCUGCCAUGUUUCUACAGUAGCCCAGAACAGACGCAUCAAACACUGGCUCUAGUUGGGGCCAUUCAGGUUUUCACGUCAGCAACCGUAGUUCUCCGACACGCUUGGCACACCGAAGAAGUUUCAGCUCUGCAACCUCACCACUAGAUGCCACUAAAUCCUCCACACUGGACCUUUAAUUGAUGAAAUAGAAAGAUCAUUAGUAAUGAAAUUCAUUAUUAGUUUCAGCCUUGAUCGCUCAUGAAAUCCUAAACACUGUCUGUGUUUGAUUUGAGCUGUUCCUGUUGGUUCGCUCACAAGUCGUUCGUACAGAUGAAUGUUGAUAUAACAGGGCCGGUGGCAGGUUUGAAUUAUAUCCAUGAUAAUAACUUAGUUUUUGCUUUUAAAGGGGUUUUUUUUUUCAGACAGAUUCUGGAUGUUUUUAAGGGCCUGUUGACUCUGGUGUAACAUUGAAUCCAGGGUUGUGCCAUAACCCCAAACUUCCUUCUGUUCUUCAGCCUUUGUGGCCUUUUAACCCGCUGAAAUGACGCAUAUCGCCACCUAGUGUUGAGGAGGAGGACACGUUCCCGUCAGUAAUUCGAUUUUCUCAGUUGCAUGUAAAC